AUGGAUGGCCUAAGUGUUGCAGCAAGCAUCAUUGCGGUUGUUGACGUGUCGGUUAAGAUAAUCACUUUAUGUUCGCAGUACUCCAGGGCUGUUGUCAAUGCUAAAGCCGACAUAGCGCGCCUCGCAACGCUGCUAAAGGGCCUGAGGACGACGCUGGACCACGCCAAGGCACUCAUCGAAGCUCCGCAGGGCGCAUCGCUGUCUACGUCGCACGAUUUACAAGAGCAGCUCGCAGGAUGUCAGUCCACGCUCCAAGAGCUGAAUGAGAAGCUUGAACUGGGCGUCGCUCGUGCGUCAAAGCGCCGGUUCUGGGUCCGAGCCCUAAAGUGGCCAUUUGGCCAUGGAGAGAUUGAGGCCUUGAUGUCUCUCCUAGAACGCUAUCAUGGCAGGAUUAUGGAUGGUCUACAGGUUGAUCAAACCACUUUGCUUCUUCAUAUCAAGAAUGGUGUGGACAACUUCCCUGCUCAAACGGAUGAGGACAUUUCCAUAGCUAAAAAGCCUCACUUCCUCAUACCUUUCCCUCGGGAUCCAGAUUUCAUCCCACGACCCGCUGUUCAGGUACAGAUUCGCGAGCAACUUACGGGCAAGGCGAGCCGACUAGCACUCAUUGGUAUGGGGGGUUUUGGUAAAUCGCAACUUGCCAUAGAACUUGCGCAUGAAGUCCACAGCUCCAAUCCCGAGAAAAGUGUUUUUUGGCUACGUGGCAACUCUCGGGCGACAUUCGAAGCAUCCUAUCGAUCUCUUGCCGAUAGCCUCGCCCUGCCUCGUCGCCACGAUCCAAAAACAAACAUUUUUGCGCUUACGAUUUCGAUGUGUUUUUUGGUCCUGUGGAGGAGUCUCCAAUGGCGUCCUAUCUACCCAAAACAAGCAAUGGAAAAGUCUUGGUGA